AGGUGCGUAUCACGGCGGAUCGCGUGCGCACCUGGUUUCUUGUACCAUUGGCACAUAACGAAAUGGUCUCACAUAAUCUCUUUCCUACUGUGCGUACAUGUCCGUGAACAGUACUCCAACAUUAUGAUUCGUUUGUCGUGAAAUAGGGAAUAUAUAUUUUUUUUUUAAAUACCACAAAGCCGUCUAAAACGUAGUGCAACGUCAAAUCGCGUCCGUACGACGAUGGCUGCUUUGACUGCUGGUGUGCAAUACAGUUUGUCGUCGAACCACAACAAUGGCCUGAUGACCAAACAGAGGACGAGCAAAAACAAAACUUUGUUUUUCGUCAAGCUCACCGAUUCCUGUCUGAAGGCUGUCGAGGAUUACUUGAGAUGCUACCAACAGGGUAAUUCGGAAAACCUUCCUAAACCUAGAAUACAAUUCAAAGGGAAUGAAGGUCAAUUAUGCGUACCGAGCAUAUCAAAAAAUUAUACUUUCGACUUUAGUUUAUCCAAUACCUCAGACGUUGCUGGUCCUCGCAGCAGUUUUGAAUGUAUUCGACAAAAUACCUCUAGAUCAUUAGAGUAUGUAGGUACCUUAAAUAGGCGGAUGCGAGUACUUGCAAAUGAAGAUGUAUAUGAAGCCACUAGGCAUAGAAUGGUUGCAGUUGAGGAAUUGCAUAAAAAAUCAUGUACACGGGAGAUUGAACUUGAUAGCAAAUCGGCCUUGGGCCGUAAAAUCAGAAGAAAUCCUGCCCAAAUUAGAGCCAAUCGUCAUAAUAAUAACUUUAAUACUAAUAAUGUUAAUAAUGUCAAUAAUGUCAAUAAUGUCAAUAAUGUUAAUAAUGUUAAUAAUGUUAAUAAUAUUAGUAAUAUUAACAAUAAUUCAAAUCACGUUCCAAAACCUAUUAUUUCUAAACCUAUCCCCCCACACAUCCCAUCACCUGUCAAUCAUGCGUCGGACAUUAGCAAAAAACCAUUACGAGACAGAAUUAUACAUCUUUUAGCAUUAAGGCCUUACAAAAAACCAGAAUUAAUUAGUACUUUAAAUAAAGAUGGUUUAAAAGAUAAAGAUAGGACUCAAAUAAUGACAGUUCUUAGUCAAGUAGCUCAACUUAAAGAUAAUGUCUAUUAUCUUCUUAGGCAUGUUUGGAAUGAUGUUCAAGAAGACUGGCCCUUUUAUUCUGGUCAAGAUCACAUUGUAUUAAAACGACGAAAGCCUCAAAACUUAACUCCUCCUGGUUUGAGCGACACCGGCAGCUCAGGUAGCAGUGAACAAUCACCAAGCAGCACCGUUCCCAGUAGUCCUCCUAGUAAUGUGCAUGGUAACAAACGACCUGGUUAUUACAAUUGUGCUGAUGGUUUCCAAACUAAAAGAAUGCGCAUCUCACACUUUAAACCUCCUUUACCCGAGAAAAAACUAUCGUCAAAUAGUCCACCCCCAAUUGUUUCCAGUACGCAGUCGUAUAUGCGGUCUCCAACCCAAGUACCUGUCAAGACUAUACCAAAAUAUAAACAAGAUUUUGUUCGAAUUACAAAUAAGGAUCAAAAAAAGCAAUACAAGUCAGAAUUCAUGAAAUGUCAUAAGGAAUACAAACAUCUAGCUGAGAUUAUGGAUCCCGUUCGUAAUAAGUUUGCUAAAUUAAAAGACAAAAUGCUGCUUUAUCCCAAGGGUUCAAAUGAAUACAAGAUUCUAGAAAACCAAAUAUUGCAAGAAUAUAAUGAACGAAAACAUGACGAUAAAUACCAAGCAGCUAAAGCACGUUUCGAUUAUCUGCAUAAUAAAUUGUCACAUAUCAAAGAACUGGUGCAUGAUUAUGAUAAGCACAACCCAGUGUUAAUUAGAACUGCAACGCCAGAUUCUUCUUGCCUGUGAGCAAUCGAUUUUUUUUUUAUUUCUUUUAAAAAAUACAAUGUAUAAUUAUUAUUCUCUA